AUGGAAACCCAUCCAGAACAAUCUGCUAAUUUGUCACUUGAGGACAUUAGGCACAAAAUCAGAGCUUACCGCUCUAUAGGGCACUUUGCUGAAGCAACGCUACUCAUUGAACAGCUGCCGCAAGAUGUUAGAUACUCGAGGGGCGUAGCAAUUGAAGCCGUCCAAUUAUACCUUGCCCAAGGACAAUAUCGCUUGGCAACCGAUAUCUGCAAUAAUGUUCCCGGACCAUCUUCUGCCGAAAUCGAGAGCGAAAGUUUCCCAUUUUCCAACCACGAUGAAGACGUCGUUGCUUUUGAGCUUCUGCGUGUUCUCACAUUACGAGUCGUGAGAUUCUCGAAAGUCAAGACGGCGCUCGAGAUUGCGCAACGAUUUGGCAGUGCUUGGAACCUUGGUAUGAUCGUUUCGAUUACAAUCUAG